UACAGUCCCCUCUUCGAACGUGCCGUCGACGAUGAGCUGACCGAACAGCUGAUAAGGCGACGCAGUGCACACGGACGGCGCUGGAUUCUCGCAGGUAUGCAAUUGCUCUGUGAACACGGGCGUGGAUGUUCAGCAAGCAAGCUCACAGAAGCCUGAUUAGUGUAUCCGUUCUUCGCACGUUGUCCUGGGCCAUUGUGUGACUUCUGUGUACAAUCACGAUUUCGUCCCGGCCUUAAGACCUUCCAGCCGCCAUGGGGUCCUAUCCGGGUAACCGUCUUUUCGACUAUUCGCCGUACUACUACCCGGAAGACGUCGAGUGUCAAUGGGGAACGCAGUCGUGGACAUUCCUGGGGGACCCUUACGCCAAUAUCCUCCGCACCGAUAGCAUUAUCAUUGCCGUAGAUGGAGCUUGUCGUAACAACGGCAGACCUACAGCAAGAGUCGGCUAUGGCAUCUUCUUCCAUAGGAACAACCAUCAGUGGAACAAGGCCGUUCUUCUUACGCCGGAAGACAGCACAAACCAGCGCGCCGAGCUUCGCGCGGCACUGCAGGCUCUCAAGCUUGCUACAAAACUUCGGAGACUGAACCCGGAGCUUUAUGGACAGGAGCCUCGACAGCGCGCGAAAGGCCCAGCGCGGCAGCUUGUGAAAGUGAUCAUCAAGACCGACUCGCAGUACGUCGUUCGUGGUAUGACUGAAUGAGUUGAGAUAUGAAAGGUGAACGGGUAUCGUAAUGCGAGAGGCUUGCCAGUGAAGAAUGGCGACUUGUUUUGGGAGGUGGAUCAGAAGGUUGAGGAGCUGGAGGACAUAAACGUCGAAGUGUGUUUCUGGCACGUUCCAAGGGCGAUGAACCGCCCAGCAGAUUGCCUGGCGAAUGCGGCGCUCGAUGGCGUCUCACCGGAGGUGGCGCUGCAGGAGUAUUUUGACAACCACAGAUGAACUGGACUUGGCAGCAUCCGCGAGCAAUACACGCCAUUGGUACGACAGAAGUAAUGGACCAACACCCGAUCGGACAGCAAAGUCUCUACCGCUACAUCGCUACCAAGAAUGCAUGAACGCUGCACCAUUCCGAAACACAAGCUGGCAGCGUUGCGUUUAUACCUGCACCAC